AUGAGAGCGCAAGGCGAAGAGACAGCGCGAAUUGGUGGCGUUGGACUGAAUCUAACAGGAGCAGAUGUGGUGAUUUUUCUCGAUCAUGACUGGAAUCCAAUGAAGGACCUGCAAGCUAUCGAUAGGGCACACAGAAUUGGUCAGACUCGUAAAGUGAAUGUUUAUCGUCUUAUUACACAAGGAACAGUGGAGGCUAAAGUUAUGAGUUUACAUAAGUUCAAGCAGGAUACAGCAGACGCGCUGAUUGGAGCCGAUAAUCGCUCACUUCAAACGAUGGCGACUGACGAACUGAUGAACAUGUUCCUUCUAGAUGGAGACCAGCCAUCCAAAGAAAAUGGUGGUCCUGAGGCGAAAAAACGACGUAAAUCUGCUGCCUCAAUCGGACACAUCCAGCGUAACGGGAAGAGCGGUGGAAUUUGGCAGAAUUAUGGGAUGAGAGUCAAUACGAACAGCAGUUUGAUGUGUCGCAGUUCAUUAAGGAAGCUGUAUAGGUUACAAAUUCCUCGAGGGGAGUAG